AUGACGGCGUGCCUUGACUGUGUUAGUGAAGUAGUAUAUAUAGGUUAUGGGCCUGCAGGGAAGCGAUUAGGGUUAGGGCUUUUUGGAAUUUUUGGUUCAUAUGAAUUUUACCCAUUACACCUUCCACAGCAGACGCCGCCCCAAACUCCUCCCAUAGCAGACGCCGUACCAAACACCUCCGUCCCCUUAUUCCGGCAGGUUUCUUCACCAACAAUCAUCGUUGACAGGGUAGGAUCUUACACUUGGAUGCACAGAAGUUGGAGAAUUCAAGAAGAGUUUGCUCGCACAGCUAUUGGUCUCUUUGCAGCUACAGAACUACCUCUUCAGCCUGCCAUUCUUCCUCCUGACUUGCUUACAAUAGGGUGCCAUCAUGGGAAAUAGACUAUUGCCAUUCUUGUAAAGUUCCUUGGAAUAAGGAUGGUUCGGCUGGUAACGAAGCAUUGGGGAAAGCAAAGCAACAUAUCAUGCUUCAACGUGUAGAGAUAAAGUAAUCACACGAUGGACCGUGGACAGCCACAUAUCAUGUUUUUCUGGAGGCAACUGAACUUUCAGCAACAGCAGGAUAACCAAGUUCAAUAAACAUGUUUGCUCGACUUAGAUAUUACUGUAUUCCCUUCACCAUAUCAUAUUUGUUGUUUUUUCAUGUGUUUUGCUAGGAAUGUUAGUUUUAAGAUUUUCUUAAAUAUUAUUGAUUUUAUGUUUUGUAGUAUUGAUAUAUUGCAAAUAUGAAUGUAUGAAAGUCUAUAACGGGUUGUCGAUAA